UAAGGCAGCCGUAACGUCGCAUGGGACAUUGAUUUGACAGCGUGGGCUUUGUGCGACAGUUGCCCAUCACAUGCGAUCGUGCGAAGCGGGAUGGGAACGUUUCGCCUCGUCGUCGCCAUCGCUAUUGCCAUCCUGCUCACGAAUUUCGAUUUCCGUUUGCUUUGCAUGCACUAGUCUUCGUUUAUUUCACGGGUUCUUAGUUAUUCUUCUCUCUGGGAUACGGUCAUGCGGACGAUGCUGUAGGUAGAGAAGAGAGAGUCCAAGCGACCGAUCGAUCGAUCGAUCGAGCGAGAGCGAGAGCGAGCGAGCGAGCGAGCGAGCGAGAGAGAGAGAGAGAGAGAGAGAGAGAGAGAGAGAGAGAGAGCUGGUUGUCUGUGUAGCGAGUGCCUGGUCAAGGCACAGUCAAGGUACACCUGAUUGUGAAGUAGUUGGAGGCUGAUCAGUGAGGAAGACAUGGAGCCUGCGGCAGCGAGGAGGCUAAAGUUGAAGGCAAUGAGAGCGGCGGCUGACGGAGCGGGGACAACUGCAAGGCAUGAGAGCAGCGGAACGAUGUUGAGCAAUCCGUUGGCGUCGACGGGCGGUCCCGACGGUCAGUCAAUGCAAAGCUCAUUUCAGUACAGAGCCAAUGCUUUUGGCGAGACAUUCAUGAAGGCGCCAGCGAUGAUGGGGGUCAGCUUUGCAUCACCAACGCUGAAGAAUUGCGGCAACAAUUCUGGAUCAGGUCUUCUGGGUGCUUGCCCUCCGUCUCCGUCACAAUAUGCCCGUCCUCAUUAUGAUCGAGUAGCGGCGCCAUCAGCUUCCACCUGUCAGCUGGCGUCUUCCUCGCAGGGGCCUAACGGCGUGAUGUCGCCAUUCAAUGGCGCGCAUUGCAGUAACGGUGCUUUUCAACAACCAGCAGCUGGUGGCGGCGCUGCAAGCGGAUGGUUCUCUCCGCCGGCGAUGCCAUCAAGUAGGGUUGACUUAGCGCACUCUGGGCCGUCAGAUUUUGGCGGGAAGCACUCUGGGCCGUCAGCUUUUGGCGGGAAUCCUAGAAAUCUCGGACGACCGACGAACGUUGGCGUGGGGAGGAACAACUACAAUUCUCCCAGCUUUAGAUCAAAUAAUGGCGCGAACAAAUCAGACGGUGGUAGAGCAUCCGCCCUAUCUAACGGCGGUUUCAAUGGAACGGGCAGCACGUCGUUCGGCGCGGCGUCUUCUGUGAGUGGAGGUGGGAGUGCUGGUGGCGGAUGGCGUGAAAGCUUCACAUACUCCUCGAGUCCAGGCGAGAGGGACUUCAAUCAUACGGGGAGGAGGCUGUCUAGAGGGCCGAAGGCGCUAAGGAUGUGUGGCGGUAAUGCAACACCAACCGCUUCCAACGCCGCCAGUACGAGAGGGAUGAACUAUGCCCGUUACGUGAAGAAAAGUAUGUUGGAAGACCCUUGGGCUCAGCUCGAGGCAUCCUUGCCAGUCUAUCAGAAGGAGAAUUGUGUUGGGUCCCCUGUGUCUGCGACGCCGCCUAAGUCGUGUAUGGAAUCGACGCCGGGCUCGGCGGAAUCGUCUGUAUCGUUUGACAACCGCGCGGAGAAGUUCAUGCUGCUAUUGCCCUCACCUGUUCAGAUGAGAGAUCUUCAGGCAGUAGCCUCUCCGGUGAUUAAAGCGGGGCGGGAUAUAAACGAAAUGAAGACUGACGAUACCCUUCCGUCUGGCUCCCUUAGGUUCACCUCUGCUGUGCCCGAGAUGGUUGCAGAUGGCGGAGGCUGGUAAUGUAGUAGAUAUAUACUUAGUCAUCGCUCAACCUGUUAUCCACGUGGGUGGCCUUGUACGUACGAGGUGACGAACAGGUGGGGCUUUCCUUCUUUUUCUUUUUCUUGUUCUGUCUUUUUCCGCCUUUGCGGUCCGAUUUCGUGCAGAGAACGGGACUGCCGCAGAAAAAGUGUCGUGAUGUGUGGAUUUUAUGGUUGCUGACGAUUUGCAAGUCUUACUUUCUUGCCAAAUGGAGGGUGUGUUGUGAGAUUGGGUUUCUAGCUGUCAAGGCCACCGGUUCCACCCGAUGGUGUGUGACGGUUUCCGCUUCAGAAGUUGUGGCUGCCUGGCAGGUGGGAGCUGUAGCGCAAUAGGAGUCAUAGAUCUCAGUUGUUCCCACAGCGAUCUGAAUCAAAGGUCGGGUUGUUUCCACGGCAAUAGGAAUCUUAGGUGCGGCUAUUGUCAUCGGGAUUACGAUCUUUGGUGCGGUUGAUGGCACGGCGAUCGGGAUCGGAAUCUUAGAUUCAGCGGGUUCCGUUUAAGGUCUUCGGCCUGCGCUUUAGUUUUCUGAUUUGUGCUAUCUGUGCGGUUACUAUGGCCUUGACUCGCUUGAUUGCUCGCAUGGAAGAGAUGUUCCUCCGUCAAUGGGCCCACAGAUUCCAUCCUUAAUCCACUAUCCUUGAGGCGGUGGAUACCUCUCAAUGCGUGAAAGUCAUCGUCAGAGGAAUGGAUGGAAAGGGGAUGAAAGAGGCGAUAGAGGGAUGUGUGUCUGUGUGCGUGUGUGUGUGUGUGUGAGAGAGAGAGAGAGAGAGAGAGAGAGAGAGAGAGAGAGAGAGAGAGAGAGAGAGAGCGUGGAGGGCGUUCGAGGUGGCUAAGCGUCUGGGGAAGGUGACCGCGUUCUCUGGUUUUGAAUUCUGGACUAAUGACGAGGUAUCGGUCUUGCUGUGGCGAGGGAAGGGGGACACACACACACACACAGAACUGGAGGGCGUUCGAGGUGGCUAAGCGUCUGGGGAAGGUGACCGCGUUCUNGGUGACCGCGUUCUCUGGUUUUGAAUUCUGGACUAAUGACGAGGUAUCCGUCUUGCUGUGGCGAGGGAAGGGGGACACACACACACACACAGAACACACACAGAGAGAGAGAGAGAGAGAGAGAGAGAGAGAGAGAGAGAGAGAGAGAGAGAGAGAGAGAGAGAGAGAGGGAACGUCUAGGGAUGGGAACCGCGUUAUCUGUUUUUGACUACUUCACGACUAUCAGGUCUUGAUAGAGCUAAGGGUGGAGGUGAGGAUAGCGGAAGGAAGAGACGAAGGAGGCAAGGUGGGGAAAGUGUUAAGCGCGUGCUACAUCAGAUGCUAUAAAGUCUGAGAGAAACUCGGCGCGGCAGAACAACCCGUUGGCUUCGCAGGGCUCUGCAGGCAAUUAUUCCUGUUUGGAAGUUCGUUUCAGUCGCGCGCCAUUUAAGAGCCAAUUCUUUUGGCACUGAUGUCAGAAAGAGUUUCCGAUGUGUGGUCUUCAGCUCUCCCACUCCGAAGCAAGGCGACCAUGAGUUGGGUCUUACAGGUUGGCUUUGCGUCUCUAAGGUGCAUAUCCACCGCGAUUCCAUCAGCAGGCAAGAGGAAGAGGAAGAGGAAGGCCGUGCGUGAUGAAGGAACAGCAAACAUACACACAGAGAGAGAGAGAGAGAGAGAGAGAGAGAGAGAGAGAGAGAGAGAGAGAGAGAGAGAGAGAGAGAGGCGCGGCGAUAUCCGAUCGUUUGUCGCGUAGAUGUGUAUCCUGUCUAAGACUAGGCCUGGGAGGUUGCGGGGUUUCUUUGUUAUGUUCUUCUGCGUUUUUUACCGUCUUCCUUCAGAAUAGACGUUUUGAAGAAGUUGACGUGGUGGCGGUGAGAUUGCCAAGCGGUACUGAUCACUGACAGUGGACGUAACGCGGUCAAGGCGGGCCUGGAAUGUGAAAACGCGUGUUUUAACUACGUCUGAUAUUGGGAUCUUAUCG